AUGCGUCCACCCCUGGAUCGAGAAAAGUACUUUAAUCAGGUACCGCCGAUGCUCAUUUGUGGUAAAGUGACAAGAUUGCCAGAGUGCCUUGUCGCUGCAGUGGUCACUCCCCCGGAAGCCAGGGAUCAAGACCUGUGCCCGCAGAAACAUUCUUCCCUGCCGACCAGGGAGUGUUGGAACAUCCAUAGCCCAUCCAGACAGCCUAUGGCCGAAAUAUCAAUCAAGUUCCCCGACAAAUCGUCUGCCAGCCAAUCCAACAACAAACCCGAAUCUUUCGAUGCCCUUCCCAUUCUGUCUUCUUCCUCACGCGAGAAAGAGGGCAACCGGCGGCUUUCAUCGUCCUCUCUCCCCUCUUCCCCGUUCACCGAUUCAGACUCCGAUUCCAACUUCUCGGUUUGGUCAGACACUGGUGAUCUCGCUGAACAACUAGCCAGCGAGGAAGAUCCUCUUCAGAUCCAUCUCAAUCGUUCACUCGAGCAUUCAUCGUUUGGGCGAAGCUGCUUCCGCUCUCGUGGGAAGCGUUCAAAACGGGUGCACUACCCGGCUGACGGGCACCGUCACGGAACCCACCCCCAACAAGACGGCCGCGGCCAGGUCAACACUGAUAGUGACGGUGGCCUGUUCAAGGAGAUCCAUAUCCCAACACCUGCUCCUCGAACCAUCUCGAGAGCGGAAAGAAUAUUAGCCGUAAUCAUGUCGCCCGGCGCCGCACGAAAGGCCAGGAGCCAUGGCCUGGUGGGAAAACCACUACUGGGUGCCGAUUUCAAAGACUACUUUAACCAACCAACUAUGGCGGAGGUCGGUACCAUGGUUGCCAUUCUAGAGAUUGGAGCGUUCAUUUCAUCUCUUAUCGUUGGAAAAAUCGGUGAUAUCAUCGGUAGAACGCGCACUAUCCUCUACGGAUCUAUGGUAUUUUUUGUUGGAGGUGCUUUCCAAACAUUCGCUACAGGGAUUCCCAUGAUGCUUGUCGGUCGUAUCAUCGCCGGUUUAGGCGUGGGUGCCUUAUCCACCAUCGUCCCUGUUUACCAGUCCGAAAUAUCCCCUCCCCAUAAUCGAGGCAAGUUGGCCUGUAUAGAGUUUACUGGAAACAUUUGUGGUUAUGCGGCUAGCGUUUGGGUAGAUUACUUCUGCAGUUAUAUCCCAAACAACUGGGCUUGGCGGCUACCUCUCAUGUGCCAAUGCUUUAUGGGUGCUCUUCUGGGUCUUGGCAGCCUUAUUAUCUGCGAGUCUCCUCGAUGGCUGCUAGACACCGAUCGCGAUGAAGAAGGAAUGGUUGUCAUAGCCAAUCUGUACGGUGGAGGUGACCUUCACAAUGACAAAGCCCGCCAAGAAUACCGUGAUAUCAAGAUGGGAGUCUUGAUUCAGAGACAGGAGGGCGAGCGGACAUAUAGGGACAUGUUCCGCCGCUAUUCUAAACGAGUUUUCAUUGCCAUGUCUGCCCAAGCAUUUGCUCAGCUCAACGGCAUUAACGUUAUUUCCUACUAUGCCCCGUUGGUCUUUGAAUCCGCCGGCAUGAUGGGACGCAAGGCACUGCUUAUGACUGGUAUCAACUCGCUCUCCUACCUGGCUUCGACUAUCCCACCCUGGUACCUUGUAGACCGCUGGGGCCGACGACCAAUUCUGCUCUCCGGUGCCGUGGCGAUGAUUACUUCCCUAUCCUUUAUCUCCUACUGGCUUUAUCUUGAUAUAAAAUUGACCCCGAUCCUCACCGUUGUUUUUGUCAUGAUAUACAACGCUGCGUUUGGUGCUUCGUGGGGCCCGAUCCCAUGGCUUUACCCCCCAGAAAUCUUACCUCUCAGUAUUCGAGCAAAAGGUGCAAGCUUGAGUACUGCUUCCAACUGGGCUUUCAAUUGGCUGGUCGGAGAAAUAACUCCGGUUCUGCAAGAAAUAUAUUUUGUCUAUCCCGAAACUAGCGGAAUCCGACUAGAGGACAUGGAUGCGAUCUUUGGCGAUGGAGCUACGGCUGUUACUCCAGCUACUCCCGCAGAACGCGACGCUCUCAUGGGCAUAGGAUCGCCUGUCCCCUCUCUUGAUAUUCGGAGGUCUCCUGAUAGUUAUCCUAGCGCCGAACAUUCGAUCCCUGGACUAGACAUUAACCCUCCCGAAUCAAGUAAUAAUAAUAAUAAGUUCGAUCAACCCGACACUGGCACGGUAGAACGAUCUAACCCUCGCGAAGGAAUUGGUGCAUGGUUAGCCAGCGUGGUUGGACGGGGGAGAAAUUCUAGUAAAAAAGGCGACCAAGGACGAUAUAGUCGGCUUGGGCAGGACGACGAAGGUUAG